UCUAGUGUGCAGAACUAAGUAAGUUGGCUUAUCUAAAGGCUGCGUCCAGCCAGCAAGAUUCUGUGUGAUUUACCCUAGACUUCGAAGUUUGGGUUAAUGUGAGCAUUUUCAGAUUCCACAGUCAUGACAAGCACAUUUCUACUGCUAGUAGUCUUUGGAUGCGUCGCUUCUAGUUUUGAACUGCCAAAUGCAAAGGUAGACCCUUUCAUCGCAGGCCAGAUGCCCCUGUGGAGACAGGAGGAGGCAGAUGUGGUCAUCUACCGCAUUCCCUUGCUCAGUUACACCCCUGGAGGGCACCUGCUGGCCGUCGCUGAAGCCAGGAAGUACUCCGGAGGGGAUGCUGGUCCGAAGUUCAUGGCCAUCCGCCGAUCAGUUGAUGAGUUGGGCGACACGUGGGAGCCGAUGCAGUAUAUUGUAGACGACGGCUACCUCAUCUUUGACGGCCUCAACCUCGGCAACGUCAUGGUAGAUGACGAGAAAGGGAUCAUCUUCAUCAUGUACACGUACUGCUACCACCAUGACCGGUGUGACAUCGCCGACACCAAGCUGGUCAAGAGCUUGGAUGACGGCGUGACCUGGUCAAAACCGCUGAACCUCUCGCAGCAAGUCGGCACGGCAUCGUUCGCCCCUGGGCCCGGCUUCGGCAUCCAGAAAAAAAGAGCACCAAAUAAGGGGCGUCUGGUCUCCUGUGGACACGGCAGCGGGUUUGGAGGUGGCGUGCAGUGCCUACUGAGCGAUGAUCACGGCAUAACAUGGCGAUGGGGAGGGCAUAUCACCAAAAGCAGCGACUUUGUGCCCGACGAAUGUCAGGCAGCUGAACUGCCCGAUGGCUCCGUCAUGCUCAACAUCCGCAAUGGUCAUAGAUACAAGUGUCACUGUCGUAUUGUGGCACGCAGUUACGAUGGUGUGGAGUCGUUUCCUUUGAAAGAUAUCUAUGAAGAUUCUACUUUGAUCGAGCCAGCGUGUGCUGCAGGCUUGCUUUAUCACCGAGAUGUUCUUUUUUUCACAAACCCCAAAAGUACCACAGAAAGAGUUGACCUGACGCUGCGAUGGAGUUACGACAAUGGAACAACGUGGGACGGCGAGCUUCAGAUCUGGGAUAAAGCCAGCGGUUACAGCACCAUGACGGCUCAUCCGGGACCUUCACAGUAUGUCUUCAUUCUUUUUGAGAAGGGCAUCACAUCAACCACCGAUUCCAUCGAGUUUGUACGUGUGACCUUAUAUGAUGAAGUAUAGUUGGACUUCGUCCUUCAUGCCCUGUUUGUGCAAGGCACAUCUGAAGGGGACCCAGGAAAUGAGGAUCAAUUGCUGUCUGUGUUGAUUUUUUACCACAUUUCAGUUGCUGUGGCAGUGUUUCAAAUUGCAAACCAGCGGUUGCAAUAUGUUUUGUGAACACUUAAUACCCAAAGAUGUUUUUCCUUACCGAGCAGGACUCCGAUGACACUGCUGGCAGUUUGUUUUGCAAUGGAUGAUACUAAUUCACACAAAUACGUAUCAAAGGAGGUUUAGCCAUUCCUAUAUUGGUUGAGAGCUGAGUCUCUGUAUGGUACUGCCUUGGUACUGCCUUGUAUUAGCUAGUUCUUUUUUAUUUUACAAAUUCCCAGGAAAACAUCAAGGGAUAUACCAUGAAAGAUGUCCAUUCUUAUAUGCCUGUCAUACAGGUAAUCUCUUUGCAUAUAAUUUUUGAAAGCCCCAAAAUUGUUGAUUUAUGGGAUAAAAUCAUGCGGGUUCCUUAUUACUAAAACUGUAUAUUUCUUAAUUUAUGGAGGGGUUGAGGUUACCGUGGACAACUGGGAAGCAAGUUGUAAGUGCAGUAUGCAUUAAAGGAAGUGUAAUGUCUGUUUACUUUGAAGUGGAUUUCUGUUAACAUUCACUUUUUGCAUACUUUUAUACAGACGUACUGCAAAGUUUUUGUUUGAAUGGACUUCAAAAUUAAUGUCAAAUGUAUUUUCAUAUUUUGUGACAUUAUAACUAAUGAGAAAUAUGAUUCAGUUGUACUCUAAAUCCUUUAAGAGUAAAUAAAUGUGCUAAUUACGUACAAGAGAACAUUUUUCACUUAUUUCCCAGUUUAAAA